GGCUCCGCGCGGCUGAGGCCCUGCCGGGUCGGGUGGGCUCGUGUCCGCGGACGGGAGCGGGGAGUCCUCCCCUCCCCCAGCGCCGUGCGCCCGCCGCGUCCCGGCCCGCAGGGCGGGCUCUCGGUCGGGACUCGGGAGGCGCGGCGCGGCCGGGGCGGGGCUGCGGGCGGCGGGAGGGCUGCGCCCCCCGAGCGUUCGCGGGGAGCGCGGGGCGCCUGGGAGCAGCGCGCGCAGCUCUCCGGGGAACGAAAGGGUGGUCUGGGGACGUUGUGUCCGGGGCUCGUGCUGACCCCUGUGUAGGGGGCUUUCGGAAGACCCCGUUUCCUUCGUCUGGGCUUUCGCAUCACCCUCACGACAAGCCUCCUUGUCGGUGUAAACGUGCCGUUGUGCACAGUGGAAGGCAGCUCCUGGCGGCGGCAUGGUAGACCCCAGGGCACCAGCCGGCGGGUGGGAGAGGUAGGGUGCCAAUACGAAUAGGUUUCACUCCCUGCGUCUGGCUCUGCCUCGUCUCCUCCGUGCCCCAAACCCGACGCGGCAGCCCUCGGAGCCCUUAGUAGAGUGUCCUCUCCCCCACAUUCCCGGAGGGGUGAUUGUGGAGUGCACGCGGACAGAAUCUCAGCGCGCGGGAAAUGUGUGCUGGGAUUUGUGGCUUCUCUCCAGAGCCCCUGGGUCAGACGGCGGCUCUUGACCCUGCCUCGCCGUCCAGGCCGUCUCCGUCCUCAAAGACACCGUCUGGUACCUAAUGGAGUGCUGGCCAAGAGAAAGGCAGGAAAGGGAGUCUCAGGAACACUGCCACUUGGAAGAACAGCCUUUCUGACAGACCCCUCACCGGAGCUUCAGAGCAGAGGCGGAAGGUUCCAGACGGGAGCAGGUCCAGAUUUGUUCCACCAGAAGCAGUUCUUGAUCCCUGUAUAGCAUGAAUCAGACUGGAUGAUGUCACCACGUCCAGAAGCCAUCACAGACUGUGUGACAGUGGACACUGUGGACCAGCUUGCAGAAGGUGGUAACCGGGCGUUGAGAGGGGUGGGUGACUGUCAGGCUGCCCAGGAAAAGGCAGCUCACUGGAUGGCUGGUGAGGACAUGGUGUCCGGGGAAGGUGUACCCAGCCAGUGCUGACAAAAUCCUCAACAGCACCCUGUUUCCUUCACUCUGCCCUCACUCUUCAGAUUCCGAGCUGCCCUCACACCAUGUUCAUCAGCACGUGUGGCGUCUAGAGUUAUGCCGAUGCUGCCUCUUUCCUGAACGUAGAGAAUAACGAAAUGAUAGUAGAAGAAGGGUUUUCUACACUGGGCGCCUUUGGAAGCCCAAAACUAUCAGGCCUGAAAUGAAUGGUUUUUGUAGAGUCAGCCAGGACAGAACCAAGAACUAAGCGUGGUGCUGCUGACUUACACGCGUGUGAGUACUAUAAGCAUCUUAUCCGAAGGCCUUUUUUAGAAACUGCAACCAAUUUAGAACAAAAAGUUAAACAAAUUUAUUUCUUGCAUGAAGCAUCCCAUCUGUAUCUGGGAGUUUUCUGUGGAAGUUCUAACUCAAGGUGAAAGACAAGAACUUGAUUAAUAAUCCAGCCUGAGUAGUUUUUUGACAACAUUAGGUUUAAUGAAGGUGGAGGGUUUCACCUCUGGUGCUGCUGACUUUGUUUAAUCCUCUGUUGUUUUAUUUUGUUGUUGUUAAUUAGUCAGAAGAGGAUAUACAUUGUUAAUUCAUCAAGAAAAAGCAGUUUACCUUAGUCAGUGAAAAUGCAAGGUUAAGUCCACGUAGUCAUGUCGAAGAUACAUAUGCACGUUCAGGUGGUGCUACCUCUGUGUGUUCCUUCUUGCCCUUUCUCAAGAAUGUCCAAGGGGUAUUUUCCCAUAGGGAAGGCUUUUCUCCAGCUCGUGUUAUGAGAGUUUUAGGCAGAUGAAUGUAGGAGUUGUAAGACCGACCAGGUUUCUCAUGACCCCGUUUCUCUUUCCUCCUCCCCAGCUGAACCUUCACAGUUCUUUACAUGCUUCCAGGAGUAGCAGAAAAUGAACAUAGCUCAGGGAUCAGUGUCAUUUGAAGACGUGGCUGUGGAGCUCACCCAGGAGGAGUGGCGGCAGAUGGACUCUGCGCAGAGGGCCCUGUACAGGGAUGUGAUGCUGGAGAACUACAGCCACCUCGUCUCCGUGGGGUACUGCAUUACUAAACCCAAGGUGAUUUUCAAGUUGGAGCAAGGAGAAGAGCCCUGGUCCUUAGAGGAAGAAUGCCUAAACCAGAGGUACCCAGGAUUUUACCAAGUCGAUGUCCACGUUGAGGGGAACCAGGAAAAACAAGAGAAACCUCUGUGGCAAGUACUAUUCAUGGAUAACAAAACAUUGAGUACAGAAGUACAGAAAGUUUUAGAAAAACCAUUUAAUCUGGAUUCAACUGCAGAUUUUUCGGGAACAAUGCCCUAUAAAUGUGACUCUGGUAGAAUGAAUUUGCCGGUUGUUUCUGAAUUAAUUAUUAAUGAUAGAAACUAUUCAAGAAAGAAAGCUGAUUACCUGAAUGUAUGUGAAAAGUUGCAGGUUGAUGUUAAGCAGGAGAAAACUCAUAGUGGAGAGAAGUCUUAUGAAUGUAAUAAAAAUGUGAAAGCUCUCAGUUAUGAGAAAGAUCAUCAGAAAUUUCAAACUCUGGAGCAAUCUUUUGAAUGUAAUGAAUUUGGGAAAGUUUUGCAUGAUAAGACUGUCGGUGUUACAGCUAAGAGUUCUCUAACAGGAGAGGAAUCCUGUAAGAAUUUUGAAUUUAGGAAAAACUUUGAUAAAGCAACUCUAUUUAACCACAUGAGAAAUGGCACAAGGGAAAAGUGCUUUAGUCUUAAUGAAGAUGGGAAACCCUGUGACAAAACCACCAUUGUGGAAUACAAUAAAGUUCGCAUGGCUAUGACACGCUAUGAAUGUCAUGAAAGUGGGAAUAACUUCAACAGGAAUUCACCCCUCACUCAACCUCAGAGAACUGUUAUAGGACAGGUUGCUUUUGAAAGCGGUAAAUCUGAAGAAAACUUGAGCCAGAGCUCAGCCCAUGUAGUACAUCAGAAGACACAAACUGGAGAUAAAUUCUGUGUUUAUAAUGAAUGUACAAAUGCCUUCUGUCAGAAAUUAGACCUUACAGUACAUCAGAGAACUCACACAGAAGAGAAAUUCUACCAGUGUGGUAAAUAUGGGAAAUCCUUCCAUCAAAACUCAGCCCUCCAUGUACUUCAGCAAAGUGACACAGGAGAGAAGUCAUUUGAAUAUAGUGAACGUAGGAAAUUCUUUUACCAGAAAGCACACCUCAUUCAGCAUCAAAAGAUCCAGUCAGGGGAGAAACGUUAUGAAUGUGAGGAAUGUGGGGAAUCCUUUUCUCCCAAUUCACAUUCUAUUCAUUAUCCUGGAACUCAUAUGGGGGUCAAUGUCUGUGAAUGUAGUGAAUGUGGGAAAACUUUCUGUCAGAAAUCAAACCUCAGUGAAUAUCUGUCAGCUGAUACAAAAGAGAAACCUAGUGAUAACAACGGACGUGGGAAAUCUUACAAGAAGUCUUCCCUCACCGUACACCAGAGAACACACAGAGAUAGGAAACCCUUUCAAGGUAAUGAAUAUGGGAAAACAUUCUCCAAGAUGGCACAUCUCACAGAAUAUCAGAGAAUUCACACAGGGGAGAAGCUGUAUGAAUGUAUCGAAUGUGGGAAAACUUUCUCCAAGACAUCGCAUCUGAGAGCACAUCAGAGAAUUCACACAGGCAAAACAGCCUAUGAAUGUAUUGAGUGUAGGAAAACUUUCUCUCACAAGACUCACCUCCUUGCACAUCAGAGAAUUCAUACAGGGGAGAAACCUUGUGAAUGUAAUGAAUGUGGGAAAACUUUUGCUGAUAAUUCAACCCUCAGAGCACAUCAGAGAACUCACACAGGGGAGAAACCCUACGAGUGUAAUGAUUGUGGGAAGUCUUUUGCCCAUAUAUCUGUUCUCAGAGGACAUCAGAGAAUUCACACAGGGGAGAAACCUUACGAAUGUUAUGACUGUGGGAGAUCUUUUGCCCAUCAUUCAGCUCUCAGAGCACAUCAGAGAGUUCACACAGGUGAGAAACCCUAUGAAUGUAAUGACUGUGAGAAAACUUUUGCCCAUAAUUCAGCUCUCAGAGUACAUCAGAGAGUUCACACAGGGGAGAAACCAUAUGAAUGUAAUCUGUGUGAGAAAACCUUUGCCCAUAAUUCAGCCCUCAGAGCACAUCAGAAAAUUCACACCGGGGAGAAACUCUAUCAAUGUAAUGAAUGUGGGAAAACUUUUUCCCAGAAGACGCACCUCAGUACCCAUGAGAGGAUUCACACAGGGGAGAAGCCCUAUGAGUGUACUGAAUGUGGGAAAACCUUCUCCCAGAAAUCAUACCUCAGUGGUCAUGAGAGAAUUCACAAAGGGGAAAAACCUUAUGAAUGUAACGAAUGUGGGAAAACCUUCGUUUAUAAGGCAGCCCUCAUAGUCCAUCAGAGAAUUCACACAGGGGAGAAACCGUAUGAAUGUAACGAAUGUGGGAAAACUUUCUCCCAAAGGACACACCUCAGUGCACAUCAGCGAACUCACACAGGGGAGAAACCGUAUGAAUGUAAUGAAUGUGCGAAAACUUUCGCUGAUAAUUCAGCCCUCAGGGCACAUCAGAGAAUUCACACAGGGGAGAAACCCUAUGAAUGUAAUGAAUGUGGGAAAACUUUCACCAAGACAUCACACCUCAGAGCACAUCAGAGGACUCGUGCAGGGGAGAAACCCUAUGAAUGUAAUGAAUGUGGGAAAACUUUCUCCCAGAAGUCAUAUGUUAGUGCACAUCAGAGAAUUCACACAGGGGAGAAACCCUAUGAGUGUAAUGUAUGUGGGAAAUCUUUUGCCCAUAAUUCCACCCUCAGAGUACAUCAGAGGAUUCAUACAGGUGUAAAAUCCUAUGAAUGUAAUGAAUGUGGGAAAACUUUCUCCCAGAAGUCACACCUUAGUGCACAUCAGAGAAUUCACACAGGGGAGAAACCCUAUGAGUGUAAUGAGUGUGGGAAAUCUUUUGCCCAAAAUUCAACUCUGAGAGUCCACCAAAGAAUUCACACAGGGGAAAAGCCCUAUGAAUGUAAUGACUGUGGGAAAACUUUUGUCCGUAAGGCAGCUCUUAGAGUACAUCACACCAGAAUGCACACCAGAGAGAAAACGCUGGCAUGUAAUGAAUUUGGAAAGCCCUAAAGGAACUCAUAUGUUAUUAGGUAACACACAGGGGAGAAGCUCGUGUCACAUAGACCUGCAGAUUAUUUCCCUUAACUAAUUCCUUUUCCACUAGGCACAUACCUUGCCUAAGUUUCCCAGUCUGUCCUUCAUCCAGGUGCGGCUGAUCAUGGAAUAUGACACUACUACAUUUAAGCUAAGUCUGGACUUAAAAAGUCACCUUAGAUUCUUCCUGUCCUGUGUUAUACUGGAAUGGAGAGACUUCCAUGCAGACUUGGCUGCUGUGUGUUGAAGAUGGUAGAGCACAAGGUGAAAGAGACUAGAAUCUGAAUAACUGGGUGAAACAGAAUUCUCCACUAACAUCUUCACCAGUUGGCUUUUUGUUUUUUUAGGCAAGGAUUAAGUUUGGCUCUGUUGAGCUCUUACAGAUU